AUGGGCUUCAAAAGGCUGUCUAGGGCUCUAGCAGUCGCUUCUUUCUUGGUCUUUCGUUUAGUAGAUGCUGCUACUCUCACAGUAUCCACAACUGGUGGCAAUGCAUCCAGCCCUAUUCUUUACGGUCUCAUGUUUGAGGACAUCAAUAACUCCGGUGAUGGCGGUAUACAUGGCCAGUUGUUACGAAACAAUGGAUUUCAAGGAACAAAUCCUGGAUUGACAGCUUAUGCUGCUGUUGGAGGCACAGAUCUCACAGUUGAUACUGCCAAUCCUCUCACUUCAGCGCUCCCAAGGUCUCUGAAAGUUUCCAUUCCAUCCGGAACAACUGGACAAGUUGGCUUUUCGAAUGCUGGAUACCUUGGUAUCCCUGUGAAUGACGACACAUACGCCAACUACUUCUGGAUAAAGGGCUCAUACUCUGGAUCAGUUACAUUAUCCCUUGUUGGUGUCGCAAGCGGAACAGUAUAUGCCACCAAGACCAUUACAGCUCCAGAUGGUAAUAACGUUUGGAGAUUAACAUUUGAUGGAGCCAAAUUCGCCGGCAGUGCGCUGAAUUUUGGUCUACCUCAACUUUUCCCAGUCACAUUUCACCAGCGUUACAAUGGUAUCAGAAACGAUGUGGGAAACUUUCUUCAAGCACUCGAGCCCUCUUUCUUCCGCUUUCCCAAGUGGAAACAAUCUAGAAGGUUCAUCGCCAGGUAACAGAUGGAAGUGGAAUGAAACUAUUGGUCCAGUUGAAAAACGACCAGGAAGGCAAGGUGAUUGGGGUUAUCCAAACACAGAUGCUUGAGGAUUGAUGGAAUAUCUUCAAUUCAUCUCUGAUGCAGGUAUGAUACCAGUAUUAGCCGUCUGGUCAGGUCUUUCCCUCGAUGGAGGCGGAGUUGUAUCAGGUGCAGCUCUUACACCCUAUGUUGAUGAUAUCCUGGAUGAGCUUGAAUUCCUUCUUGGAUCUACAUCAACGACAUGGGGUGCACUUCGUGAAUCUUACGGUCACGCUGCACCAUAUGAUAUUCCCUUCAUUGAGGUUGGUAACGAGGACAAUCUAAGCGCCGGUUGUGGUACAUACGCCUCUCGAUUUACAGAUAUCUACAACGCAAUUCAUGCAGCGUACCCUGAUAUCACAGUCAUAGCCUCAACGUCACAAGCAUCUUGUCUUCCAAAUCCAAUUCCAGCUGGUGUUUGGACUGAUACUCACCACUACCUCUCGCCAAAUGGAUUCGUUUCCCUUUUCAACGAGUUCGACAAUAAGCCUCGCAAUGGACCAGGAAUUUUUGUUGGUGAAUAUGCCAGCACAACUGACAAUAGUGGCGCUACUACCUAUUGGUCAACAAUUCAAGGCGCGGUUUCCGAAGCAGUCUACAUGAUUGGUAUGGAACGCAACUCCGAUAUCGUCAAGAUGGCUUCAUACGCUCCUCUAUUUGAACAUUUCGACAUGGCCCAAUGGUCGCCUGAUCUCGCUGGACUUAAUGCCGAUCCUGGAUCUCUUACUGGAAGCGCAAGUUAUUACGUUCAGCAAAUGUUCUCUGUUCAUCGUGGCGAAACGAUCUUUCCCGUUACUUCUGAUGUUGGAUUUGGUCCCUUGUAUUGGGUUGCGAGUAGUACGACCGCUGGAACAUACUACGUCAAGAUCGCAAAUUAUGGCAAUGCGACUCAAAAUGUUACGGUGGAUAUCCCUGGCGCAACAGGUGCUAGUUCGAGUGCCAAACUGGUUUCCUUCGCGAGUCCUCCAACUGCAAGUAAUUACCCGUUGAAUGUUACCUUGCAGCCUGUCACAAGUACAGUUACUGGAAGUGCGCCUGGGGGAUGGACUUUUAAUGUUGCUGCGUAUGGUGUUGCAAUUAUUACUAUCACUACUUAGAUCCUUUUCUCAGGCUUGUAGAUUGAGUUGAAUCUUGGCCUAGCCUUCUGGGUAAAUUAUUGAAUACGUUUUCGAUGAGAGAUGAAAAGUCAUUUAAUAAGACUCGACGCCCCAGCCUUCCAGCCUGUAUGCAAAGUGAAAAUGAAA